AUGGCUAUCAACGAUCUUACAACUUCGGCCAGGCAGGACUACCCGGACCACAACGACGCUACGAUCAACGACAUGCCCGAGAAGCAACUCCAGGCCGACGAUAUCGCUGCUACUGUCCUCCACGGAGCUAUAGAAACUAUUGACCUGGACAGCCCGGCUUCCCGUCGUUUCCUGGACAAGUCUUGCGUAUCGUACGCCGCCCUCUGGGGCAUGCAAAAGGACGCCCACCUCCAAGGGGCCGACUACUCGUGGCUGACGACGAUAUUCUACGUUGGAUACCUUGCCAGCGAAUUCCCGACGAAUGUCAUCUUCCAGAAGUUCGACAUUGCACGCACAUGUGGCAUCUUUGUCAUACUCUGGGGCAUGGUACUCCUCUGUAUGGCGGCUGCAAACAACUUCCCCGGGCUCCUGACCGUUCGUCUGUUCCUUGGCAUUCUAGAGGCUGGCGUGAGCCCGUGCUUUGUUCUCAUGACGGCCAUGUUCUACAGACGGAACGAGCAGCCUCUGCGGACCGCCAUCUGGUUCUCUAUGAACGGCAUGGCGAAUGUUUUUGGGGGCCUUAUUGGGUACGGCAUCGGCUUCAUCAAGGCAUCUCUUCCCGCUUGGAAGUUUCCCUUCAUCAUAUUUGGCUCAGUGACUGUGGCUUGGGGCAUCGUCUUCACCUUGCUAGCGCCGCCAAACCCGACCAAGGCCCGGUGGCUCACAGAAGAAGAGAAGACGAUCGCGGUCAUGCGCGUGGUUGACAAUGAGACUGGGCUUGAUAACAAGAAGCUGAAGUGGUACCAAGUCAAGGAGGCCCUGGUCGAUGUCAACUUUUGGCUUUUCAAUCUCUUGACCCUUGCCAACUGCAUCCCAAACGGCGGGGUGACUGCGUUUGCUCCCCUCAUCGUCAACGGAUUUGGAUACAACAAGUUCCAGUCCACGCUCCUCAACAUGCCGAGCGGUGGUGCUCAGGUCCUAGCUCUUUGGAUAUCUGGAUACCUGGCCACAAGAUUCGCGGGCAUUCGUCACUUUCUGAUGAUUGGAGGCAUCCUUGUCGCAUUAAUCGGUGCAGUGCUCAUAUAUGCACUGUCGAACGAGCACAAGGUUGCGAGGCUCAUUGGAUACUACCUGCUUGUAGGCUUCAGUGCCACCUUUGUUCUCAACCUCACCUUGGUUCAGUCCAACGUCGCCGGCCGAACUAAGCGGACUAUGUUCGCCUCCUCAGUGUUCAUCAGCUACUGUGUCGGUAACCUCAUUGGGCCCCAGCUGUUCUUUGAGAGAGAAGCGCCUCGAUACCAGUCUGGCUUCGCGUCAAUGAUCGUCUGCUUUUCCGUCCAGACUCUAAUUAUUGCUGUGAUGUACCUGGUCAACUUGCGUGAGAACCGACGACGUGACCGCACUGCAGUCGAAGGCCAGGCCGCGAGCAACGAAGUUCGCAUUGCCAUGGAACUAUCGGACCUGACUGAUCGCGAGAAUCUUCACUUUAGAUACCUUUUGUAG